CCCCUUUUAGUUCGGACUGUCACGGCGCUUGCUGGAAAUGACAAACGGGAGGCGGUCGAAAAGCAAAUGUGCAAGAAUACUGCGUUAUGGCAAUAUUUUAUUUUACGAAAAAGAACAUACAUCGCAGCUCAAAUAUAGACCCAAAACGUGCUGAUUAACGUCGACGACACAGAAAUAAUUAUCACAUUUGGACUAAAAGAAAAAUAUCCUUAAUGUUUUCAACCCUGGUGUGUUCAUCCCGAGCGAGCGCUCUAUCACUUGCUGUAACGAGGAACAUCAGCGGUUCCAGCGGCAGGAGAAGUUUUGCGCCGUGAUUUCCCUUAUGUUACUGCAAAGAGCAACCUAAAUAUUUCCCUAAUGAAAAUAAAUCUUUGGAGCGGUUCCCGGGACGUGACUAUGAUGAUGUCGAGCAAAAGUGUGGAAUGGCUGCAAGAAGAAUUGGAAUCCGGUGUGAGCUCACUGCUCUUACUGGAUUGCCGAUCGCACGAGCUCUUCGAGUCUUCUCACAUCGAGACGGCCAUCAAUCUGGCCAUCCCGGGGUUGAUGUUGCGGAGACUAAAGAAGGGGAAUUUACCUAUACGCUCAAUUAUCCCGAAUAACGAGGACAAGGAAAAAUUUGUCAAGCGGUGCAAAACAGAUAUUGUGGUUCUGUACGACGAGGCCACCUCGGACUGGCAGGAAAAUGGGGUGGCAAGCUCUGUUCUGGGGCUUCUCUUACAGAAACUGCGGGACGAUGGUUGUAAGGCACAUUACUUGGAGGGGGGAUUCAACAAGUUCCAAACUGAGUACCCAGAACACUGCGAGACCAACCUGGACUGCUCCUGUCCCAGCAGCUCCCCCCCUGCCUCCGUUCUGGGCCUGGGGGGGCUCCGCAUCAGCUCGGACUGCUCCGACGGCGAAUCAGACAGGGAGCCCGGCAGUGCCACGGAAUCGGAAGGCAGUCCCUUGCCCAAUAACCAGCCAGCAUUCCCCGUUCAGAUCCUCCCCUACCUUUACCUUGGGUGUGCCAAAGACUCCACCAACCUUGACGUGCUGGGGAAGUACAACAUCAAGUACAUCCUCAACGUUACCCCCAACCUGCCCAACAUGUUUGAGCACGACGGGGAAUUCACGUACAAACAGAUCCCCAUCUCGGAUCACUGGAGCCAAAACCUGUCGCAGUUUUUCCCCGAGGCUAUUUCUUUCAUUGAUGAAGCCCGUUCCAAAAAGUGCGGGAUCCUGGUGCACUGCCUGGCUGGUAUUAGUCGCAGCGUCACGGUAACGGUGGCCUACCUGAUGCAGAAGCUCAACCUUUCUCUCAACGACGCCUACGACUUUGUCAAGAGGAAGAAGUCCAACAUCUCGCCCAACUUCAACUUCAUGGGGCAGCUCCUGGACUUUGAGAGGACUUUGGGUCUCAACAGCCCCUGUGACAACCACUCGCCCACCAAUGAGCAGCUGUUUUUCACGACGCCAACCAAUCAUAAUGUUUUCCAGCUCGACACGCUGGAGUCCACAUGAAGACCGGACCAGGCAGGGGCCCGGUAGGGUUUGGAGCAGCCAUUGUUUGAAUGUUUAAUCUCUGAUCACCACAGGCUGUCACACCUGAUAGCGAGACGAGGUGCUUGGGCAGGGUGAGAGGUAAAGGAUGAAAGGGCAAAUGGUAUGCUGCUUAGAAAAGGCUUUUACCCAGAGUGUGGAUGCCCUGCUCACGCUAAAGCUGUUGGGAAGCGGCUCGUCACGCCUGUGGAUCGUUAAAAAGGAUGUUAUUGACUGAAAUACAGAAUGCUUCAGGACAGAGAGCUUCAUUCAAAGAUGGCAAAAUGGAAUCUGCAGUGCUUAAUUUAUUGUUGUCUUUCACUGACAACAUCCUCGGGUCUUCUGAGGUGAAAGGUGCCAAUGUGUAGUGUUUAAGGAGGUGAUCUCAAUGUACCGAAUGUAGGGGUCUCAUUUUACAAAACCAAGGAAUUGACUCAAACACAACUAUGUAUGUAUGUUCACGUGCAUAAUAUAACGUAUAUGGACAGUACUUAACUGUGAGUAUGUCUGCAUCCAUUGUAUAUCUUUGUAUACAUUAAGACAUAAUGUAUACGUAAAAAAAAAAAUUGUCAAAAAAACCCCCCCUUAAAUAAUACAAUAACUUCUGAUGAGAUUGUAGCUAUGAAGAAACAGACCAACAAAAGACAACGUUGUGAUAUUCUGGUUGUUUUUUUUUUCUUUUCUUUUUUCCUAUGUUUGUAAUGACCUAAUGCAGUUUGCACAGUGGUGAAGCCAUUCACUUCUUGGCACUUCAAACUGGUCCUCCAGGCAGGCAGAUAAAGAGACAUUCAGAGGCCUGUGGAGCAGCCAGUCCUAGGCUGCGACUAGCCCGGGCAGCUGGAGGAUGGGGAGGGACUGGGGCUUGCUAGUGGGACGGCUCUUAGCUACUUAAAAGCUUAUUGUUCCUCUACUGCAUUCGAAAGAUGGAUCUUUUUGUGUCACUGCAAAGUCCUUCCACUUCGUCAAAGCGAGUGUAUUAUUCUGGGUUGAUUCACCCGCAAGCCUUGGAUAUAUUAUGAAUAUUACAAUUAUAUUACACAAAAUAAUGACUGUAUCGUACAGAAAAGGCUGGUAGUCAAAUGUCAUAUUAUUUUCCAUACGUGAGCACGCUAUAAUAUGCUAGGCGACUAGCAGAGGGUUGGAUGUUUAUUUACUAGUGGAAAACCAAGGGAUGAGAACUGUUUUUUUAAACUACUAUUGCUGCUGCAGUCACAGGUAAAGGGGCGAGUGAGCUGAGUGUGGCAGCACACAGUACGUAGUGAGGAGGGUUUCUGGGAUCGAAACACAAGACUGGUUCACAGGGGAAAACUGGUCCAAAUGAGCAGGGUUGCUUUAAGCUAGCCUUAUAUAACCUUUUUAACUUCUUUCUAAUGCUGACUGUUCAAUACUAUUUGUAUCUCACUUUAGAAACUGUUGUAUAUAAGCAUUUGUUGUUAUUUAAAUCAAAACAUGGUAAUAAUGGACUAAUUAUCUUUUAACGGGUCUGAUGAGGUUAUGUUUGUUACUCUGCAAUAUAUCGAAACACCUUUUGCAGUAUUUUUUAGAUCCAAGACCUCUGGUUUUUAACUCCUUUUCUUUUGUACUAUAAUUCUAAAGAGAGCUUGACUGCUUCUGGACUGAAGUCAUUUUCACCUCGGGUGUUCAAAGUACAGGGCUUUAUAGGAUCACAUAAAGUGUUUACUUAAGAACUCGGUAUAAAGUCUUAAACAAUGAGACAAUGAGUACCUAUACUAAGCAUGUUUGUUUCAGUUUUUUCACCAUGCAUUACUCCAUUAGAUUAAAAUAAUCAGUCAAGGAUUUUGUUUUAUUUUGGUGUGCUAUCUGCUAUUCAUGUGGCCUUUUAAUAUACUGUAUAUGAGCUUAUAUGCAAAGUUCCUCUCUUAAAUACAGUAUCCAAGAUUAGUAUUUUUCCCGCUUGAAAAAAUUGCCCUGGUUUGAGGUCAAAUCUACACCCCAAUAAGGAAACAUUGACAAGGUGUUCCCUUUCACCCCCAGGAUUGAAAUGUAUUUUAGUGCAGAGCUUGUUUUAUUUAAAAGAAAAUCCUUGAUAUCAAGCUGCUUCUUGUGUUUGUGUCUUUGUGACAGCAAAAGAUAAACUCGUUGUUUUUCUUUGUAAAUUGCCAGAGCAUAGGAACGAUGGUUUCUGUGUCGUUUCUUGUAGCUACAUCUUGGUAAGAAUGUUUGGAGGAAGUGUGUAUGAGAGAGAGAGAUUGGCAGGGGGAAAAGGUGAAAGAAAAGUGAAUGCUAAAAAUGUUUAUCUUACCUCACGGAGGAAUUUUUCAGGGAUUUUUUUGACAAUGCAUCUGCAUCAUGUUACAGCUUCAAACACAUGUUCAGUAGCUGUUUUAUAUGUGCUGUAUACAUUUUUUUAAAGAUGCAAUCUAUAUAUAUGUAUAAAACUGGGCUUGUAAACAGGGGUAUAGUUCAACUUUCUGAUUCAUGAAGGAUAUAAAUUGACCCUAUGUAUUGUAUAGUAUAUGGAAACCAACACAGACAUGUUUAUACUGCAAAUAAAUAUUGAAUUAUUUUUUCUUUACAA